AUCCGUACCAGUUAAUAAAUGCUGCAUCCCAUCGAUUGGUUGCACAGGGCUCAGGACAGAUCCAAUUGUGGCAAUUUCUGCUUGAACUGCUCGCUGAUUCGUCUAAUGCACGUUGUAUAAUAUGGGAGGGCACCAAUGGCGAGUUCAAGCUUAUAGACCCCGAUGAAGUUGCUAAGCGCUGGGGAGAACGAAAGGCAAAACCAAAUAUGAACUACGACAAACUUAGCAGAGCUUUAAGUUAAUCUCUUGGAAAAUCAUAAUGGAUACUUACAGCAAGACCACCAACAACGAAUACAACCAAAUUUCCCGAAAUCUUAACGAAUAUCCCAUUUCUGUAACUAUAUUUUA